ACUCAGUUUUUCUUUUUGCGUCGCUCUCUUCCGCAGGCGAGAAAGAUGGUGAAACGGAGUAAAAAGAGUAAGAGUAAGAGGGUGACCUUGAAGCAGAAGCAUAAGGUCCUGAGAAAGGUGAAGGAGCACCACAAGAAGAAGGCAAAGGAUGCUAAAAAGCUUGGGCUCCACCGUAAGCCAAGAGUAGAGAAGGACCCAGGUAUCCCCAAUGACUGGCCUUUCAAGGAACAAGAGCUUAAGGCCCUUGAAGUUAGACGUGCCCGUGCUCUCGAAGAGAUUGAACAGAAGAAAGAAGCCCGCAAAGAAAGGGCCAAAAAGAGGAAACUUGGUUUGGUUGAUGAUGAGGAUACCAAGACAGAAGAAGAGACCAUAGAGGGCUUACCUAAAGUUGUCAAUGUUCGAGAUAACUCGGAGAGGGCUUUCUACAAGGAGCUAGUUAAAGUUAUUGAAUUGUCUGAUGUCAUUUUGGAGGUUCUUGAUGCCCGUGAUCCUCUUGGCACUCGUUGUACCGACAUGGAGAGGAUGGUAAUGCAAGCCGGUCCCAAUAAGCAUCUUGUGUUGCUGCUGAACAAGAUUGAUCUUGUUCCCCGAGAGGCUGCUGAGAAAUGGCUUAAGUACCUUAGGGAAGAAUUUCCAGCUGUUGCAUUCAAGUGUAGCACCCAGGAACAGAGAUCAAACUUGGGUUGGAAAUCAUCUAAGGCAUCAAAACCAAGCAAUAUGUUGCAGACGAGUGAUUGUCUUGGAGCAGACACUCUUAUCAAAUUGUUGAAAAACUACUCAAGAAGUCAUGAGUUAAAAAAAUCUAUUACAGUUGGUAUUAUUGGACUGCCUAAUGUCGGCAAGAGUAGUCUUAUCAACAGUUUGAAGAGAGCGCAUGUUGUCAAUGUUGGUGCCACUCCUGGACUUACAAGGUCUCUGCAAGAGGUUCAUUUAGACAAAAACGUGAAGUUGCUGGAUUGUCCUGGAGUUGUGAUGCUCAAAUCAUCAGGAAAUGAUGCUUCUAUAGCUCUCCGAAAUUGUAAAAGAAUCGAGAAGUUGGAUGACCCAGUUAGUCCAGUGAAGGAAAUUCUCAAGCUUUGUCCAACACAAAUGCUGGUGACUCUCUACAAAAUACCGAGCUUCGAGGCAGUUGAUGAUUUUCUUUACAAAGUCGCCACUGUAAGGGGUAAGCUUAAAAAGGGUGGUCUUGUGGAUAUUGAAGCUGCUGCCAGAAUUGUUUUGCAUGACUGGAAUGAAGGUAAAAUCCCAUACUAUACAAUGCCGCCAAAGAGGGACCAAGGUGGACAUGCAGAGUCAAAGAUUGUGAGCGAGCUGGCCAAGGAUUUCAACAUCGAUGAGGUUUACAGUGGUGAAUCCUCUUUCAUUGGGAGCUUGAAGACGGUUAACGAAUUCAACCCUGUUGAAGUUCCUUCAAAUGGUCCUCUCAAUUUCGAUGAAACUAUGAUCGAGGAUGAGUCAAAGACUCAGACAGAAGAAGAGCCUGAGCAUGACAGUGAUGAUGAUGAGUCUAUGGGAGGGGACGAGGAGGAAGAGGCAGAAAAGUUGAAGGAGAAAUCAGAGACGGGAAAGCAGAACGUGAAGCUAUACGCAGCGGAAAACAUGUUGAAUACAAAAAAACAGAAAGCAGAGAAGAAGAAGAGGAAGAAAGCAAAGAAAGCAGGAGCUGGUGAGGAGGAUCUGAUGGACGGAGAUUAUGAUUUCAAAGUGGAUUAUAGGAAGAAGAAGGAUGGAGAAGACGAAGAAUUCCAGAUUGAGGCUAAAAUCCCAAUGGCUGGACUUUUGCCUGAAGAAUGAGAUUGGAAACUAGUUGUUUUUUGUAUUUUGCGUUUAUGAUUUGGUCGGUUAAACUUUUUGAUAUAUAUGUGCUUCAUGAACAAUUAGUAAUACUGAAGCGAUUUUGAUUUCUACAAUUAACCUUGCUUUUAUUC